AAUUUGCUGAAGGUCACAGAACCUGAGGCCAAGCUGGAUCUCGUGACGCUCAGUCUUGGCUUUAAUCACAGACCGUUCCUGCUUUUCGUGCUGUAAGAUGAACUGAUUUUGAUACAGCCAAAGAGCUCCGAGAUUUAACUGAAAAUGUCUGGCAAAACGGCUAACACGACCAAUAACAUAGCGCAGGCCCGGCGGACUGUUCAGCAGUUGAGAAUAGAAGCCUCAAUAGAAAGAAUAAAGGUGUCCAAAGCAUCAGCGGACCUAAUGCUCUAUUGCGAAGAACAUGCCAAGAAGGACCCUUUGCUGAUGGGCAUCCCUGCCUCUGAAAACCCUUUCAAGGAUAAGAAAACCUGCAUUAUACUAUAGGAGAGCAGCAGCACCUCCACAGCUCUCCCGAGCAAAACCCAGGCAGAUGUAUAGAAAAAUAAUCUGUAAGGUACCCGGUAUUAACUGUGUAAGACAGCUCUUCUUUUACCAUGUGUACAAAUGAUUUCUUAAGCUUUU